UGCAGGAGGCACGGACCCGCAAGGCAGCUGAAAUGUGGCCCGACAGGUCUGAUGGGAACUCAGAAUGAGAGAGGGAGUCGGGGUGAGAGAGACAGGCAGGUUGCUGAGUGACUGACGAGCCUGUCAGCCAGGAGCAGUCUGGCAGGAAUUGAAACAAUGACAUUGUUGUGUUUGUGUUGCUGAGUGUGGAACUGGAUUGCACCUGAUCGCUUCACAGGCUGUGAGGGAACCUCGGGGGCCCCUGUAGACUCCCACCAGCAGCAGCAGCAGCAGCAGCAGCAGCAGCACCACCACCACCAGACAUAGCAGAGUGGAAUUUCCCCUCCUCUCCCCUGGCUGGAGCCCGGGGCAGAUGGUCGCUCUGACAGCUUGAGCAGAAGUCAGGAAGGAGAGUGAGAGGAAGGGUGGGAGGAGGUCUGGAGAGGCAGAGGAAGAGAAGCGAGGAGUGGACAGAAAGGGAGACAUGCAUCGCUACGCUCCAGAUCGGACCGUUUCCACCACCACCACAACAGAGGACUCUCCAGAGUCUUUAAGUGAGAGGAGGAUCAGACGUCUCAGGUUAACCCUGCACGCCGGGGAUAAUGAAAACAAGGAGCCGAAAACUGCAAACUCAGACACAGCUGAGAACAAGAAGGUUGUCAAUGGGGCAUGGAUGAAGAAGAACGGGCUGAUCCAGAGAGAGAGGCCAGCUGGCAGGGAGUCACCUCAGCAGCACCUCGGAGACAUGACCAAUGGGGCGCCAGAGACCUCGCUGCAGCAUCAUGGGCCCAAAGUGUACGGCGUUGUGCAGAGGGCGGGCUCGGACAGACAGCAGGAGGUGAUGGCGCGUGAGUGGACGGCCAGUCACCUUCAGGAUGAGAUGAAAUACAUCAGAGAGGUGAGAGAUUCUUUGGAGAAGGUGAGGGAGCGGAUGUACGGGCAGUUUGGAGGAAUGCAGCAAUCAAUGCAGAAGCUUUCUCAGGAGAUCAGGGCUGCCAAUUCACAUCGCAGGAGUCUGGAGUCAGAGGUGAGGGUCCGGACGGCAGCCAUGGAGAGCUUUGAUCAGAUGAACAGCUCCCUUAUAUCUGCAAACAUCGACCUGCAGAAAUCCCUCCUGGAGAACUGUCAGAGCAGAGUGGACAAGAAGGAGGAGGUUAAGAGUUUGCGCAGCACCUGUAUGAAAGCACAAGAAAAUCUCAGAGACAGGGAAAGGGAGCUGGCCGCCGCGAAGGCUGAAAACCAGACUCUGAGACUGCAGGUGCAGUCUUCGCAGGAGGCCAACACUCAGGCGCUGCAGGAGCUGUCAGCAAAGCUACAGCGGGAGUACGAGGACAAGCUGCAGGAGGAACAACGGAAACACAGGGAGGAGAUUGAAAAGCUACAGGCCCAACUCGAUGAGUACAUCAGACGACUGGAGGAAGCAGAGAGAAACAUCAGGAUUGCAGAGGCCAGGGUUGCUGAGAGGGACCAGAGGAUCGUUGAAGUGGAGCGCCUACUGGACUGCAUGGGAACGGAAAAGAGUCAACUCCAGAAGAAGCUGCAGGAAUGUGAACAGCAUCUCCGCCUGCUGGAGCUCACAGACACAACUGAUGCGACUGUAGCCAAAAGGUCUAAAGAGCUGCAGUCUGAAACUGUGGAUCUCCGUGAGAGGAUCAAGCACUUGAACGACAUGGUGUUAUGCCAGCAGAGGAAAGUCAAAGGAAUGAUUGAGGAGGUCGAAUCACUGCGAGCUCAAGUCGCUCAGAAGGACAUGUUCAUCUCAGAGCUUCUGGACAGAAUUGCAAUAGUGGAGUGCGAGAAUAAUGAAUUAGAAGACAAGCUGAAGUAUUUUAUGUCCACACAGAAUAGGUCAAGAGAGGUUGUGGAUACCAGGGAGGUCGGAGUAGGCUGUGAUCUGCUCCCCAGACGUGAAGCGCAAAGGCAUGAUGUUGAAUCUCCUGUUCAGCGUGAACCAGCUCAUUUCCGUCCCAUACAACACCUACCGCCCCUUCAACCUCUAUCACCAGUCAAACCUCCAUCACCCACUCAACCUCCAUCACCCUCGCGAUCUCUUUCCCCGAUACCAUCUUCGUCCCCUACAGAGCCUUCGUCCCCCACACAGCCUUCAUCCCCGACACAGCCUUCAUCCCCGACACAAGCUUCACCUCCCAUGGAGUCUACGUCCGCUUCAUCUCCCACUAAUAAUCCAUUCCACUACCUGACAACACCCAUCCAACCAAGGACGUUUAAGACUAAUACUCCUCCACCCAGCAGGCUGGAGUCCAGUUUACUGAUGUACACUCCGCUGGAGUACAGCCGCUUCCUGCAGUCAAGCUCCUCGGCACUGAGCGGGAGGUUCUCCUACACCCGUCCAUCUGAAUCAGAGCGUCCUGUGAGUCCAGAGCAGUCGGGGAGAGAUGAGGUGGACACGGAAACAAGCGCAGACUCGCGGUCGUCAAGUCAAGAGGAGUCCACUUCACCCCUGUCCUUUACUCAACCAAGAUCCAGAGCCCCUCAAGUUUAUUCGCCCUUCAUGAAACUUAUGGAAAUAACAGCAAAUAUAAACAUAGAUUGAUCUUGAAGUCAGUUUGAGAAAUACAUGUUCGCAUUGUCCGACGAGAUGUGCAAUGACAAUAUUUUUUGAUGGGAAACAUGAAGCUACGCUUAUCUUAGCAUAAAGACUGGAAACGGGGGAAAACUAGCGCAAAAACAAUAAAGUGCAAAAAUGUUAUUGUCUUGAGUUGCAGUGAGUAAUGACUAUUUCUUGCUGGUCACUGGUCACUGCCGAAACUAUCCUGGCACAUAAACCUCUAUAAAAUACUGAAUUGUUGUUUUCACACUUUAUUUUUACACAUCAAAUAAACAAGACGUACCAUGUUAACCCGUGAGCUUUAGACGUGCACGUAGGUGGAUGUUGUUACCUUUACAGCUAGGCUAGCUGUUUCCCCUUUUCCCAGUAUGUAUGUUAAGCUAAGCUAACUGGCUGCAGCUUCAUAUCUAGCAGACAGACGUCGUCAAAUCGAUCUUCUCAUCUAAAUCUCUGCAAGAGAGUGAACAAAACAUGUAGUACACCUCAAAAUACUGAACUAUUCCUUUAAAACUCAGUUGGUCUUAUUUUCACCACUGAUUAUCAAAUCCACUCCCGUCAUCUUCUCCAGUGAGCUCCACCAAAUGCUUUGUACAAAUGUAACAAGUUAGGCCAUUUCCAGCCUUUAUGCUAUACUAAGAUACACGUAGCUGCAGUUAACUUAGCCUAAAUCCAGUCUGUACAUCAUGACUGUACGUUAAACUGUACAGUUAUCGGUUGCUGCGGUUAAAGCUAAGCUGGCUGCAGUUACAUAUGGCGGUAUUUAUCCUUUCCUGAACCUCAGCAAGAGAGUGAAUCACCAUGAUUCCUGAAAUGUUGAACUUUUUACUGCUGGUUAUCGUUUUUAAAAUGACUGCAAGUGACAGAGAUCCCAUUUUUUAAACCGUCAAAACUUGAUAUGUGCAUAUAUGGUGCAGAAUAUGUUUCUGCUUGAUGAUGAAGUCUUAUGGAGGUUUUGCACGUAGCACCUAUUCAUGAUGAUAAUAUGUUGCUUGCUCUUGGGUGUAAAUAAUCUGAUGCUUUGUAAAGAUACUUGGUAAAUAAUAUAGCCUUUGAAGGAUUAUGUUUGUUUUGUUUACAGCAAAUGUAGCCUUCUGAUGUAUGCUGCUCAUAGAGCUAUGAGCAUCCAUUCCCACGAGAGGGUUGAGAAGGUUAUUGCGUGUAUUCUCCUAUUGUUUUAUAUUGGCUCUGUACAAAUUAAAUGAAUAUUAUUUUCUUAUUAUCACACUGUGUACAAAAUAUUUAUUAACAUGAUUUGUGCCUUUGCGAACAGCCUACUAUUUGAUACUGGUGGUGGGAAUGAACCUCUAGAAACUGGCAGCAGGGUGAUAUGAUGUAAUGUAAUAUAAGGUAUGUUUCUGUGCUAAUGAUAAAACUUGAGUCGCUUUAAAUAUAAGGAGCUUAUUGAAGUGACUGCCAUUCCUGAGCCAGAGGCACAAGUAUUAUCCAGCUAUUGUCUGCACUGCCACAACUGUGUUUGAAAAAGCUUUAUGAUGUGCCUUUUUCUUAUCGAUACAUAUCAUACUGCGACUGAUGACAAGAGGCCAGCGUAUGUUUGGAUAAUAAAGACUUUACUGUUAAAUAA